AUGGAAAACCCGGAGUCGGGGCCAUACAUAACCUUCAACAGAACUACUCCAAAGACCACCACACAACUGAAGAUGAGAGUAUCGUUAACAUCUUUGGCUCGAGUGCCCUCUAUCAAAUUUGUUGGGGGCCCCCAUGUCUUCAAAGCCUCUACCAAAUCAACUAUUGGUCAACCACAUCCGCUGGCACCCAACAAUCUGGUACCAUCUGCUGUUUCCCAAGUGGCUAAAGACCUUAAAUUUGAAUACAGAGGUGAUUUGUCUAAAAGAUUUCAGUACCGACCCAUCAGAGAUAACGAAAUAGAGCUAGUCAACGGUGGAGGAUCAACAGUAGUAUUCUAG